AUGGCAGAUUGCCCCACCAUCCAACCUUCUCGACGAGGCCCUCGACGGCAAAGGCGGGCGGAUGAUCUUGGUAGAGGACUGUGUGGAGACCAGCGGAGCAUUUGUGGUACACCACCUACUGAAGCGCUCCCUCUCCUCCGACAUCCUCCUUGUUUUCAUCUCCUUUGCACACCCAUUCUCUCAUUACGAUCGAAUUCUUCGGAAAAUGAUAGUGACAGAGCAAAACUUAGGGAGGAAAGAUUUAUUUCAUUAUUUGGCGAGAUUCAGAGAGCUGUAGAGAUUUGUCUAUCACCUGAAGGCAGUCAGCAUGUUACUCUAAUGAUCGAUGAUGUAUCUCUUGUGGAAGUUGAUGCUAAUGGUUCGUCCAACCUCGUCCUGGAUUUUCUGCAUUAUUGCAACAGUUUAAGAGCGCAAUUUGGUUGUUCGCUUGUUGCCCUUAACCAUGAUGAUGUGUAUUCAACUAUGGACGAACCUAAACUGCUACUACAUAUGGAAUAUCUAGCGGACAUGGUGAUUAAGAUCGAGCCCUUGGAUACUGGUUUAGCUGCUGCUGUCCAUGGGCAGUUGACUGUUACUAACAGAGGACUUGAAGAUGGCAAAACAAGGAACAAAGUUCAAAACUUCCAUUUUAGGGUUAAGGAUAGUGGUGCUGAGUAUUUCUAUCCUGGGAGCAAGGGCUUUAAGUGAUUGACAAUGUAAGUGAUUGAUAAAACAUCAUUUAUAUGGAAAUUGUUUGUAGAACAUUUGGGUCGGCUUGAGCCUACCUAUUUAGUUUAGUUAGGUUUUUUUAUAUCUCUGUUGUGUUUUUAUUUUCUGCUUGAUGUUCGUAUUUGUUUUGAUAGGUAGAUUGGUUCUGUUAUCAUCUUUAUGAAAGAAAUUAUCUUCAAGCCUUUUGUAAGCAAUUAACUAAACUCUAUGUUCUUAAUUGUCUUCAAGUCUUUUGUAAGCAAUGAACUAAACUCUAUGUUAUUUAUUAGCUUGUAAUUCUCAUAGCACGUUGUGUUUAACAUGAAUAUAUUGUCG